UCCAGCCAACCUCCGUGUAUUAUAUAUAUAUAUAGAGAGAGAGAGAGAGGGGUCCGGACCUCCGUACACCAAUCUCUUUCCCAUCGGAAUCCUCUCCUGCCAUUUCCAGUCCUCUCAUAAAAAGCACUCCCUCAAUUGUUUGGGAGAAAAAUCCCACCUAUAUCUUCAUAAAUCUUCUCCCACCCCUAUCUUUCAAUCAUAUAGCAUAACCCCACAUUACCCAUCAUCAUCUUCGUCUUGUAAGCAACCAAUGCAGCUUUUCUUUCAUUAGAGAAAGAUCUAAACACCACCCGGCCAAUCCCAUUAACCCCAUAUUCAAUAUAUUGUUUCCAAAUGGAUCUCAUUGUGUCAUGCAAUUGUUCUGUUUUCAUCAGCCUCAUAGUUUUGAUCUCAUUUUGUAGAGGUAUAUCAGGGGCUUCAAUUAGGAUAAUAAACAGCUGUAACUAUACAAUAUGGCCUGGAAUUCGAACCUAUUCGGUUACCAGAUUGGACAGCACUGGGUUCAAGCUCGCGCCGGGUGGGACUCGGUCAUUCCAGGCCCCAGCCAACUGGACCGGGAGAUUCUGGGGCCGCACCGGCUGUACAUUCGACCAGAACAAUGGCGAAGGAAGCUGUGUCACCGGAGACUGCGGGUCCAACCAGGUCGAGUGCAACGGUGCUGGUGGAAACCCGCCAGUGACACUUGCGGAGUUCUCAAUCCCGCCGGGUAGUAGUGCCCGGGAGUACUUCUACGAUUUGAGCCUUGUAGACGGGUACAAUUUACCCAUGGUUGUGGACGCGAGUGGCGGGUCGGGUGCAUGCACGUCCACCGGGUGCGUAAUCGACUUGAACCAGAGUUGCCCGGCUGAGUUACGGUUCAAGGACGGCGUGGCGUGCAACAGCGCGUGUCAGGCCUUUAACAUGCCCCAGUACUGCUGCACUGGCGCGUACAGUACACCAGCUACUUGUGAGCCAACGAAUUACUCGAAGAUGUUCAAAGCAGCGUGUCCGAGAGCGUAUAGCUACGCGUAUGAUGAUGAUUCCACAAGUAUGUUUACGUGUACAGGGGCAGAUUAUACCAUUACAUUCUGCCCUUCAUCGGCAAGCCAAAAAUCUGCAGGAGUUUCUCCGCAAUCCCCGUCUCCAACCCAUUUCAUUUCACCAGCACUACAGCCCAUUGUGCCAUCAAGAGUCCCAGUUUCUCCACAAUCCCCGUUUUCGCUAGCACCACCGCCCAUUGUGCCACCAGGAGUCCCAGGACCACCUUCGAAAAGCAAUUGGUGGCUGAAAUUUGGAAUUGGCAUUAUUUCUGCAGCUGUAGCUGGGUUUGUAGUAACCUCUUUUAUAAUUAUCUACAAGGUUAAGAGAGGUCACUUCUCAAGUAAUGCAAUGGUCUGCUGGAAAAGUGGUGCAACAAAUUAUCAAAUCAAUGAUGAGGAAAUCCUAAAGAACUAUGGAUCAAUAGCCCCAAAGCGAUAUACUUAUUUAGAUGUGAAGAAAUUGACCAACUCAUUCAAAGAAAAAGUAGGACAAGGAGGAUUUGGUGUUGUAUACAAAGGGAAGCUACCUGAUGGGCGUAUGGUGGCAGUGAAAAUUCUGAACGCAUCCAAGGGUAAUGGAGAAGAAUUUAUCAACGAAGUGGCAAGCAUUAGUAGAACAUCGCAUGUUAACAUUGUCACUCUUCUAGGUUUUUGCUACGAGAGGACUAAAAGAGCUUUAAUCUAUGAAUUCAUGCCUAAUGGAUCUCUUGAUAAGUUCAUAUAUGAUAAAGGAUCUCUAAUUACAAAUUGUCACUUGGACAACAAGACUAUGUUCCAAAUUGCGGUUGGCAUUGCUCGAGGACUAGAAUACUUGCACCGAGGUUGUAAUACAAGGAUCCUACAUUUUGACAUAAAACCACACAAUAUACUUUUGGAUGAAGAUUUGUGCCCAAAAAUCUCUGAUUUUGGCCUUGCUAAACUAUGCAAAACAAAAGAGAGUAUUGUGUCAAUGAAAGGCAUGAGAGGGACUAUAGGAUAUAUUGCACCUGAAGUAUAUAACCGGAACUUUGGUGGAGUCUCUCACAAGUCUGACGUUUACAGCUAUGGAAUGUUGGUUCUUGAAAUGGUUGGAGGAAGGAAAAAUUUUGAUGGUGGACUCUCUCAUACCAGUGAGAGAUAUUUUCCACACUGGAUUUAUACGAAACUUGAACAGAGCAAAAAUUCUACAAAUUUUGAGGAAAUAACAGAAGAGGCAGAAGAAGAGACAACAAAAAAGAUGAUUAUAGUUAGUUUGUGGUGCAUUCAGACCAAUCCUUCAGAUCGGCCAUCAAUGGGUAAGGUUAUAGAGAUGUUAGAAGGAAUCCUUCAAUCCUUACCAUUUCCACCAAAGCCUUUCUUUGGUUCACCUACCACGUCACCUUAAGAUUCUACCAUGACUUCAUAGUCAUAAAAAUGCAACACUUAAAAUAGGUGCAAUUGCAUCGAAGUUAAAUUCAAAGACGAAUAGAUGAUCUUAUUGCUAACUGUGCAUGUUUUGCUUGCUUACAUAAUGUUGAAUACAUACAAUUUGAG